AUGUGUUCUAUGGGAAAAUAUACUGUUUCCUUAUGGCUCAUUGCCAUUAUCAUGUCAAGGAGGCCAGUAAAUCCUUCACGUCGGUUGGCUGAUGAUGGAAGUAUACCAUUUGUUGCAUCUAUCCAGUCUAAAUCUCAAAGCUCCCCCCUCCUAUCUAUUGGGCUUGUAAUUGUGGGUGCAAUCUUCUUGAUUGGUUAUUGUUACAGCAGUUCAGGUGGAGCUAACAAUGGAAUUAAGGAUUUUAGAAAACUUGAAGGUGGUGCAUCAUGCUCAUCAGAAGUCCUACAGGCAUUGCCCAUUUUGAAGAAAGCAUAUGGAGACAGCUUGCAUAAGGUUUUGCAUGUUGGCCCUGACUCUUGUCCUGUGGUAUCUAGUUUGUUAGAAGAAGAGGAUACAGAAGCUUGGGGAAUAGAACCGUAUGAGUUAGAUGAUGUUAGUGAUAAAUGUAAAAGUCUUGUACGCAAGGGCAUUGUGCGUGUGGCUGAUAUAAAGUUUCCUCUACCUUAUCGAGCAAAGUCAUUUUCUCUGGUCAUUGUGUCAGAUGCAUUGGAUUACUUAUCUCCAAAAUACCUGAAUAAAACCCUGCCAGAGUUGGUGAGGGUAUCUGCUGAUGGUGUUGUUAUCUUUUCAGGUUAUCCAGGUCAGCAGAGAACUAGAGGUGAAGAAGUGGCCAAAUUUGGUCGUCCAGCCAAACUUCGCAGCUCCUCUUGGUGGAUAAGGUUUUUUGUUCAGACCAGUUUAGAUGAAAAUGAAAGUGCUGGAAAGAAGUUUGAACAGGCUUCAGCCAAGAAGGCAUACAAGCCAGCAUGCCAAGUUUUUCACCUCAAAUCAUACCCUUGA